AUGUCAAGUUGGUGUUGUCAAUAAUUUCUACAAUAAACAAAUAAGUUCACCUUUUCCUCAACAAAUAAGUAUCAUGAACAGAAACAUUCCUGUACCAAACAACGCUAUUAACUAGGAACCACAUUUCUCACAAUGGAGAAUGAAGAACAGACGCAUUUUGAGGGUAGCUCGUACCAAGCACUGUGUGAGCACGUCCAGAAACUAUCCGAAAACCAGAACACAAUCGUUCUAAAACUGGAGAUUCUGUCCAAAAACGUGGAUGAUCUGAGAGAAGUGCUAACCGAUUUUUCGGACAAAAUUGUUAGUUUGGACGAUGAAGCGGCAGACGCAAAGAAUUUAAAGUUUGAAGUGCAGAACUUGAAGUCAAGGUUGGAUGAACUGUACGAGAUGGUGGCAGAAAGCAAGGUUGAGAAGGAGUCCAGUAGAUCGGAUGAAAAAGAUGGUGCAGAUUCAGUUAGAUCGGGGAUAUCAACUACGGUAACCAUGACAACCGGGCUGGACCGCGACACGAUACGAUCCGCAUACGAGGACGUCCGGAACGACGCGUCUCCGACAGAAUGGGCGGUGUUCAAGUUCGAGGGCCCCCGCAUUGUGUGCUCGGCGCGCGGCUCCGACUUCACAGAGUUUCGAACGCACUUCGAUGAUGGGGAGCGCGCGUUCGGGUACCUCAGAUUGCAAAUGGGAGACGAGAUGUCCAAGCGCAAGAAGUUCAUCUUCAUGACGUGGGUGGGGCCGGCCGUGUCCGUCAUCAACCGCGCCAAGAUGUCCACCGACAAGGCCAUCAUCAAGGAUAUCAUCUCGAAUUUUGCCGUCGAGCUUCAACUGGAAAGCCAAGCCGAAAUAGAUAUUGACCAAUUCAAAGAUGCCCUCAUACGGGCAGGCGGGGCUAACUACGGAACUGGCAUUAGGGAUUUAUGAAUUGUAUCUUAUCUUAUUAACCGUUAUUAUCCUUAAGGCCAGGCCAAUUUAUAAGUCCAUUUUAUCAGUCAUGUCCUUUAAUUUCUAUUAUCCUACCUACUAUUGUGUAAAUUAGCUAUCUAUCUUAGUCAUUGCCUUCAUAGGAAAGUAUUUUUGAGUAAGAAUUUUAUUCUAUUUAUUGAAAUUGCUUUAAAAUUAGAUUAAUUUAUUGAUACUAAUCAUUUUGAGGAUUUCAUCAAAAUUUUACAAACUCAUGUAUUUUUUAUAGCCAACCCAAUAUUAUGUUAACUCAGUGUUAUAAGACGAUUGCCAAAAAUUUUAGAUGUUUGCCAUGUAAUAGGCGAAAUUAAGUGCAUUUAUUUUUGACUAUUUUUAAACCACGUCUAAAUUUUACAAUUUGGAUACAUCUUUGGAAAUUUUACGCUUUUGUAUUAUACACUGAUUACAGUAAUUAUUACUCUUAUAAUAGUUGAGGAAUUUGUCCGUUGUUUAUAUCCAUGUAAAAUUACUUAAUAGUACUGAUACUGAUAGAGCAUGUCAAUCGAAUCUAAAUUAAAAUUUUGUGGCAUUUAAAAUAGCGGACGUUAAAUAAACAGUUAACCAUGGA